UUUGGAGGACACUUCCACAGGACACACACAUCUUAAUACCGUAACCUCAGGAACUGACUCCACACAGCUAGAACGGUUCCUACUGGCGGUAUAGCACUGCGUGACAGUCAUGGACUAUGAUGAUAAUGAUGCCAUUCCAUCAGCACCUCCUCCUUCAUAUGAUGAUGUUGUUGCUGCUGGUCCUUCUUUAGUUGUCCCAUUGACUCCUCCACCUGCUCCUACUCCUAAUGCUCCCAGCUUCCCUCCUCCUCCUUCUGCCAUUAGACAGCAAGCUCACCAACGACCACCACAAAGAUCUGGCCCGGGGGCCGGUUCACGGCAAGGAUCGAGACAACAGUUGCCACGACAACAAAGCCGCACCUCCUCAAAUUCCUCGAUGCAUGGCCCACCCCGUCAGAGACAGCACUCUCACCGACCCUCAGGAUCGAGGGAACCACCGACAAGACAAAUGAGACAACAACACUUCCUAGAGAAACUCUCUAAUUUCAACAUGGCCUUUCUCAUGCUCAAAGCAGUCACUCUCUCUUCUCCUGAUGUUGAUUUGGAUAGUGAAGCUCAUUUGCCCAAUCGUCAGUCAUUGAGGAAAAAAGUGUCAAGAAUUAAGAGGAUAAAAUGUAUCUGCUGUGGCCUCUGGUUUUGUGGUUUUACAUUACUGUUCUUCCUAUUGGCUCUACCUGUGGCUAUGUUCUUGACAGGUGUGUUUGGUUACAAUAGGUGUCCACACAAUAGCAGGCUCAUCAUUAGUCUCCUAAUGUCAAUAAGUGCCAUGUUCUUUGUUACGCUCCUACUACGCCUCUUCAACUCUGCUCUCUCGUGCUGUAAAAUCGGUAACUUCUGCAACUCAGAGAAAUCAGUGACCUGCUCAGCCUGCAUUGGGAUAAUGGAAGGAUGCUUCUUAGUAUUUGUAGCACUGACUACAAUCCUUACAUUAAUGGGCACGUGGUUCAUACUUAGUAAUCCACCGAGCCUUAAUAGUGCAGACGCUAAUUACUGUGACAGUGGAGUCUAUUAUGGUACACUGAUCAUGAUAGGACUGUUGUAUUUAUUUUGCUUCUGUCUCAUAUUGUAUUUGGUCGCUGCUGCAGUUUCUUACUGUUCUUAUCAGGAUGAUAUGGCUCCUAGAAGACGAGUGGUUAAAACUAAUGUUCGUCGUCAACCACGUCCACGAAGACAUGAUGACGUCUUAUUUUGAUUAUAGACUAUUGACUUUUUAUCUCUUGCACUUUGUUAUACAUUAUUUGUCUUUUAUUAUUGUUAUAGAUUAAUUUAUUUCAUGUAUGUAUCGUGAUUUUAUGCUACCUUUUCAAUGUUUUUUAAUCAUUGAAGUUUAGCAGACUGUCAAUUAGAAUCAUAAAA